GUGCGACUGUCUCCGAUCAAAAGACAAAUUUGUGCAGUUGCAAAAAGGAAGAAGAAAAUGAAAUUAGAAAUGCCAUUUCAAAACAUUCCAUGACGCGGAAACAAAGCGACAAUAUCGUUCGAUGUUGCAAGAAUUACUUAUGUACGUGGACUGAAAGCAAAAUCAAUGAAUUCAGAAAUUAAGGUAAACCCAGAAGAUGGCGAUCAAAUCUGUGUUGAACAUCGUGUCAUUGAUAAUCCUAAAAAAAAGAUAAUUUCAAAGAAUAUGAUGCACAGUCGGUCAUGCAUCGACGGUAGCAAAGGAAAUCAUCUGUUGGAAGGUAAUCGUUAUAAUGUUAAGAAGAAGACUAUAAAAAGGGGAAACAAAAACAUCACUAAUACAAUGUUCGUUGAAGGAAAAGAUAAUAUUACACAAUUUCAACAGGUAAGAUUCGAUCCCACAUUGCAGUACGUUGUAACUGAUAGUGGUGAGUAUGCGGAUGUAUCAGAUAAUUUUAUAGAUGAUGACACUAAUAACUCAUCUCAAGAUAGAUUGUCAGUCACUUCAAUAACUUUCAUGCGACAAUUGAAAAAUGCAAUUCCGAUAAGAAAGUUGUAUCGGAAACGCAAAUUACGGAAAAUUUACCGUUUUCGUCAAAAAAUGUCGAGAAAUAAUAUGUUUGAUUUUGAACAGGUUUCAAACAUUGAAGACAACAUGAUGAAUGAUAAUAAAAAUGAUCUUGAUUGUGAUGUAUUGUACUGUUCUGAACUUGUUAAAGAUGAUAACAGCGAAAUUGAAAGUUAAUA